UGAGUUGAUCCCCUACUUUCGGCGAUGGUUUCCUACAGUUCUACAAGACGCAGUUCUCAAAUGCCGGCGCCGACUAAUUGACCUGAAAAAGCACUACUUCUUGUUUUCGUACAUGGUUGCAUAUUGGGAGUUCCGGUUAUGGUGUUAUGAAUAUAAACUACAAUAGUCUUUCUGUACCUCAUGUUUCUCGGAUCCACGAAAAGGCAUAUCACAUUUAUGCAUAGCUGGUUAAUAUUUGGGGGGUGCAAGGGAGAUCUUUCUCUUAGCAUCGAUAUUAUCGUAGAACAUCACAUAAAGACCAACCUUCAGGCAAGUAUUGACCUUUUCUCCGAAUUCCAAUCAGACAAAUUACCACCAGUGACACACGAACGCCUCAGAAUACUCCCCUGUUUUGCCCUCGUGUGCAAUAGAACAUGAAUGAAAAGAAACGCUCCAACAUGAACUCUAUCAAUAUAAC